UUUACUCCAUGAUUGUCAGACAUGGACACUGAACACCGAUCUGAAGAGGCGAAUUGAUAUCUUUGGUACUAGAUGCCUUCGCAGGAUCAUGGGGUACAGCUGGUAUGACUGUAAAAUCAGCGAUUGCUCCAUGAGACUGAUUCGAGGCCGAUAACCAACAUAGUCCGUCAACGCCAACUGCUACUAUAUGGGCAUGUGGCACGCUACGCGGAAGCCGAUCGAUCCUGCAUAUUGGGUUGUCUCUGAAAGGAAUAACCCAGCAUGGAGAAGGCCAAGAGGACGUCGACAGAACUCAUGGCUGCGGCAAGUCGAUGCUUCUAGCUCAGAGUUACUGGAAUGGAAAUGGAGCCUGCCUGGAGACUUGCUAGGCGUGACAGCAGCCUGGAGUGGCGCCAUAGGAGCACACAAACAAACAAGAUGCAUAGUAGAAAGAGGGAUUGGCCAACUGAAGAGGUGGUUUCAUGUUCUGCAUGGUGAAAUCAGAGUGAAUCCUAUAAAAACAAGCAAAAUUGUGAUGGUAUGUGCAGCACUACACAACUUGUGUAAAGAAAGGAACCUACAACUGCCAGAUGAUGAACAUGAACAUGAAGACCAGCCUGUGGAAGCCAACCCCGUUCAGCCUCUUCAGCGUGACAAUCUUCAAAACGGUGUCUUAGAGAUAAUUUUAUCAACCUUCAUUUCCAGCAUGAACAGUGAGUGCCGUAUGCCCAGGCAGUGUACAGUGUGCCCAGUCUACUUGGACACCAAGCACGAGACUGUCAAACAUCUUGAUUUGUUCUUUCUCCCAUUUAGCUCUCAACAACUCUCUCUUCCUUCUCCUUUUGUUGUCCAUUUUUCUAGUACAGUACAGUAUUUCCUCGGUCAUUAAUUUUUACCUCUUAUCUUCUUCAACCCUUCCACUACAAUGUAUAUUGGGAAAUAAACUCAAUGUUAC